AUGGGAGGGAUGGUCAACAGGGCCGAUAAAGCAUCGAUCCUCAGUUGGUCUUCCAAAGAUCAGGCCCACGAGAACGCCACGUUUCAUGGCCGACGUCAGAAGAGGUCAGAAGUGUACUACCUUUGCUGCUUCUUAUGGCGAUGCACUCGACGCUGCACGCUUCGAUUGGCUCGGCGAUGCCAGCCCCAACCAAACCACCAAACCCUCGGCCGGUUUCGACUCCAAAUGCCAGUCGACCUCGAUAGGGCUGCCGCCGCUGGUAAACGCAAGACUCGUCCUCGUCUCAAUCUUAAAAAAUCCUAG